CGACCGGCAUUUACACAAUGUUACAGCAUCAAAAAAUCCGCAUUUUUCCAACUGGCACGCUCCCUCCCUCAAUUUUUUUUCCACCUUCAAAUGCCAUCUGGGUAUGGCUUGUAGAAUUGGUCCGGCUCGUCUGCUCUAUGCUUGCCCCUUUGCAAGGCUGCUGUUGCUAUCGUCUCUUGAUAUCAUCCAUCACUUCUUUUUUUUUGGGUUGUGCAUGAGUUCUGUUUGUCUCCCUGUCUCUUUCGCCUGCACGUUGGACAGAUGUACUGUAUUUUACCACGCUCGCUUCCGUUCUUUGGUUGCAACUCACACCCGCUUUGGCUUCCCCCUCCCCCUUCAGCCAGCCACCCAAUUUACUACUCGCUAUCUGUAUGUAUGUGUUAAGAAUGUUCAGAGCUUGUGAAUACAUAUGUGCGAGCAGAGCGGACAGAAGAUGCCACCACCAGAAGCCCGGCGUUGCCAUGGUAUGUAAUUUUUGACAGGGACGUCGGGGGGGACUUCAGUUCUGUCGUUUUGUUCCUACGGUUGUUCACUUUCCACAGUCUAC